AUGUUUAGAAAGUAAAAAGAUUCUGUCAAAGUUGCAGAUUUGAUCAUCUUCUGCAACGAAAAGGAUUCUUAAUAGUAUUUAGUAUUUGAUUUAAAAUAUGGUGAUAAUAUUAUAGGAAAGAAUAGCUCUCUUUGCUCAAUAGUGCUUCGCUUUACAGAUGAAAUAGAUGAUGUUCACACUAAAAUAAGCAUUGAAGACGACGAUUAUACAAUCGAAGAUUUAGGUUCUUAGAAGGGUACUUUUAAGAUCAAGUCUGAUAAUAGUUUAAUACGUCUGAAACCCAAUAAAUCUUAUGAUCUUUCAAAUAACCACAUAUUCUACAUUGGAAAAUACAAAUGUAAGUUUUAAAUAGUUAAACCUGGCAGAGCAAUGGCCUUUUCUUUAAGUCCAACUGACAUAUUGAAUAGUUAAAAGAAUAAUAGCAACACUUCUGCACCUCAAAAUGCAAUAACUAAUAGCAAAAGAGGUUCCAAAAAGAUAUAAAGCUAUGAGGAUGAUAUAGAAGAUUAUACUGAUUUACCUUCUAAAUAGUAGCACAAAAAAAACUAAAUCUCUUCUAAGAUUAUUUAAAACCGCUUAGAAGCUGAAAAUAUUGAUGAAGAGGAAGAUGAAAAACAUUUUUAGAAGAUUAAUAAUAGUAAGACUGCUUUAGCAUCAAGCACUGCAUAAUCAAAAAAAGCUCAAAACACCUAAAAAAAUUUUGUGAAAUCAAAAGGAUAACUUGCUAAAGGAAUAAAAGGAGCCUUUAAGAAUGAUUAAAAAGAUGAGGAUUCAAAUUUAAAAAAAGAAGAUAUUUAUGAUAUAACAGAUACUCAGCUUUAUAAAGUUUCUGAUGAAGAGGAAGAGGACUGCGAUUUUUAGUUUAGCUUUCCUAAAUCAUUUAAAAAAAGCAACAACCAUGAAGAAGAAUAAGCUACCAGAAAGAGAGCUGCAAGUAAUAAAAAGAAUAAUGGAAUUUAAACUUAAUAAGAAUAACAUGAUGAGGAUUCGAUGAAGCUGGAUUCACAGUUUUUAAAAAGAAUUUAGGAUAAGUUAAAGAAUUCUGAAAUUAAUGAAUAAAGAAAGGUUAUUAAUGAUUUAGCAUAAAAGUACAGUUCACAAAAAAACACAUAAAAGCAAAGUUAAGACAUUCCUUUUGAAGAUAAAAAAGAAAAAUCAAAUUCUUUAGAGAAAAAAGAAAGUGAAGAUUAUUGGUCUCCUUCAACUUUAAAAAGAAAAAAUACCACUAAACCCUAAGCUACUACUGAUAAAACUAAAUCAAAAACUCUUAAUAAAAUAGAUAAAAAUGAAAAUGAGCCAAUCAAAGUAGAAUCUUCUAAAAAAGCCUCAAAAUAAAAAGAGCAAACAAUUAACUAAGAGCCAACUAAUAAAAAAAAUUCAAAGAAAUAAGUAGAAGAUUAAGAAAUAUAAGAGGAGCCAAAAAAAAAAGAAGUAGCUUCCAAAAGCAAAAAAGAUUUGAAAUUACAAUAAAAAAAAGAUGAUAAAAUGGAAAAACUAAAGCAGUAAGCAGAAAAUGUCUUAAAUACAAUUAAAAACUCAAACUAAUCUAAAAAAUAAGAUGAUGAAUAAGCUGAUAAAUCAAAAAUUAAAUAAAAAGAUUAGAGUGCAAAAAACAAAACUAAAAGCAAAACAGUUGAUGAUAGCACAUCAAUCAGCGAUCAAAAUUAAGAAGAUGAAGAAUAUAGCAUGGAAGAGGAAGACUUUCAAUCUCAAAGUUAAAAAAUAGCUAAAUCCAUUUCUACUAGAAAAAGAAAAUAUGAUGAUUUAAUGACUUAGCCAACUAAACAAGAACCCAUAAAAAAUUCAAAAUCAAAGGAACAAAAAACAAAGCAGACUGUAAAUGAUAAAGAAAAAACAAAAGCAGCAGUUACUGCUAUUAAGGAAGAAACACCUUAAAAAGGAAAAAAUUCAGAUGCUAAAAAGAAGCAAUCAAAGGAAACACCUAAAGCUGCAAAUUCCAAAGAAACAAAAAUAACUGAAGAACAAAAGAAGUCUAAAUCAUAAAAUAAUAAAUAAUAAAAAAAAGAAUCACAUGAUAAAUAGGUUGAAAAGAUAGAAGAAGAGUAACCUGCGUCAUUAAGAAGGAGUACAAGAAAGGCUUAAGUCGAAGAUGAAGAAAAACAAGAAAAAACUACUAAAAAGAGUGUUUCAAAAAUUGUUUAGAAGACAUCAGCAAAAAAAAGCACUUCUAAAAAAUAAACUAAAAAAGAAAGCUCUGACGAAGGAGAAUAAGAAGAAGAAAGCUAAAUGGAAAUAGAAGAAACAAAACCAACUAGAAAAAGUGCUAGAAAAUCCAUUUUGAAAGAAUCAUAUAGCGAUAAUAAAUAGUAAAAUGAAGAUUAAAAAUCAAAAGAUUAGGCUAAGAAGAGCAAACAAACUGAAAAAGCUACUGCAAAGUCUAAAAAAGACACUCAAAAGCCUAAGAGUUUAAUAAGAAGAACUUUAGGAUCUAAAAAAGAAGCUUUGCUGCUUUAACAAUCUGCAGGAAUCAUCAUGGAUAUACCAAGAAGAAAUAAAUUCAGAAUAAUAUUUUCUAAUAGUUCUAUUACAGAUGAAGAGAAAAAAGAAAUGUCUACUUAUGGAGUGAAAAUUCUUAAUGACUUUCAUAGUGCUAACGAUUUUAAUAUUUUAGUUACUGACGAAUUUAAAAGAAGACUAAAAACUUUAGUUGCAUUAAAUAAAGGUUAUCCAAUUAUAUCUCAAAAUUGGAUCAAAGAGUGUAUUAAAGAAGACAAAAUAGUUCCAUAUGAACCUUUUAUAAUAACCAAAGUAGAUAAGGCUUUAGCUAAGUAGCAUAAUUUUGAGUUGAAAAAAAGUAUUAACAAUUAAAAAGACCAUCCCGAAGGAAUUUUACAUGGACUAACUUUUGUUUGUCAAAACUCUUUUGAUAACCUAAACAAAGAAGAAGUGAGAAAGCUUGUAGAAAGCGCUGGUGGUAGCUUCUUGUAUGAAAAACCUAAACAUACCUCAGCAUAUUUCUUAAGUGAUCCUUCAAAAACAGAGUAUAACAAGUAAUAGAAUGAAAGUAAUGAAAUAGUUUUAGAUAUUGAGGGAUUGCUAUAGACAUGCUUAUUGUAGUAUAAUGUUUUAGACAAUUACAUAAUAACAACACCAGCCAAAGAGAAAAAAUCAACCAAGAAAAAAUGA